UGCAGAUUAGAUACCGUAUUGUUACAAGUAUGGCAGAAAAUCAAGAAGUGUUAGUUCAAAAAAUCAAAGAACAAGGCGAUCUUGUGAGAAAACUGAAGGCUGCUAAGGAAUCUAAUGAAAAGGGAAGGAAAAUGGAUUUGCCCUACGAUGUCGACGAACUUGACAAACGUUUAACACAAUACAGCUAUAUAUGCGGCUAUAUGCCUACCAAAUUUGACAUAGAGCUUAGUAGUAAAUUAGGAAAUAAUUUUGAUAUGAAUAAAUAUGUACAUAUCAAGAGGUGGUGGUACCAUAUGCGGAGCUUUAGCGAAUCUGAAAUAUCGUUAUUCCCUGCGACUCCUCCAAAUAAUGAAAAAUGGUCCGAAGGCUAUAAAAAUAUUGAUGAAAAGAGUAAUAAAAAUAUUGAUGAACAGAUACAAGAAGAAGUAGCAAAAUUGCUUGCUCUAAAAAACCAGAUUAGUCCUGAAGAUGCAGCCCCACAAAAGUUUACACUUAAAACUCCAAAAGGGACCAAGGAUUAUAAUCCACAACAGAUGACAAUCAGAAAUAAUGUUCUGCAAAAGAUUACUGAAGUUUUUAAGAAACAUGGAGCAGAGUGUAUUGAUACACCAGUUUUUGAGUUAAAGGAAGUACUAACUGGAAAAUAUGGGGAAGAUUCCAAGCUAAUCUAUGACCUCAAAGACCAAGGUGGCGAAAUUCUCUCUCUUCGAUAUGACUUGACAGUACCUUUGGCCCGAUAUUUGGCAAUGAGUAAGAUAAACACAUUGAAACGCUAUCAUAUUGCCAAGGUUUAUAGAAGAGACAAUCCAGCAAUGACAAGGGGACGAUAUAGAGAGUUUUAUCAGUGUGAUUUCGACAUCGCAGGCCAAUACGACCUAAUGGUGCCUGAUGCAGAGUGCCUGAAAGUAGUCACGGAGAUAUUGGACGCUAUUGAAAUUGGCCCUUAUGUGUUAAAAGUGAACCAUAGGAGACUUCUAGAUGGCAUGUUUGAGGCAUGCGGCGUAUCGGCUGCGAAUUUUAGAGCUACAUGCUCCACAGUUGAUAAGCUGGAUAAAUUAACCUGGGAAGAAGUGCGGACAGAAAUGAUUAACGAGAAAGGCAUAUCACCAGAAGCGGCAGACCGUAUCGGGAAAUACGUACGCCUCAACGGUGGUUCUGAACUCGCUGACAAACUGUUGAAAGACGAACAGCUAUCAAAAAUCAAGGCUGCAAUUGAAGGCCUUGAAGGAAUCAAGUUGCUCCUCAAUUAUUGCGAAUUGUUUGGCAUUGAAGAUAAAAUACUUUUCGAUUUAAGCUUAGCGAGAGGACUGGACUACUAUACAGGAGUUAUUUAUGAGGCUGUUUUAAGUGAACCUAUUAAAAUUGGCAACGAAUUCCAGACAGUCGGCUCGAUAGCUGGCGGUGGUAGAUACGAUAACCUUGUCGGCAUGUUCGACUCUAAGAACAAGCAGGUCCCCUGUGUCGGCGUCAGUGUCGGUGUGGAACGCAUAUUCUCCGUACUCGAAGCUAAGCUAGAAGCCGGUGAGAUGAAAGUCCGCACGAACGAGGUGGAAGUGUACGUUGCGUCUGCGCAGAAGAACUUCCUCGAGGAACGGAUGAAGAUCUGUACCGAACUGUGGAACGCUGGGAUUAAGACAGAACAUUCCUACAAGAAGAACCCAAAAAUGCUCACCCAACUCCAGCACUGCGAGGAGAAUGGCAUUCCUCUUGCGGUCGUGUUAGGCGAAUCUGAACUUAAACGGGGUAUGGUUAAAGUUAGGAAUAUCUCAACUAGAAAAGAGGACGAAGUAUCGAGGGACAAAUUAGUAGAUGAAUUGCGAACUAGAUUAGCCGCCUUGAAUGUUAACGUGAAUGGUCAUGCCGCGUAGUGUAAGUGAGAUGAUUACGAGUCCCAUAUACAUCAACAUAAAGCUAUUUAUCUCGAUCUCGCUCAUAUGCAUAUAAAUGAUUUUAAGUGUGACCGAAACAACCAUUGCGGUCGCACAUCAUAACAGUAAAACUGGACACGACAAAAAUUUUUGUUUUUGCAGUCCAAAACUUCUUCCCAAUUGAGUUGUUGAAUUGUAAGAUUUGUUUUAAUCGAUCAGAAUUUCAUGGAAACGCUGCUACUGACUGAUAAUGUACUACUGGAGCAGGAAAUAGCACUGGGCCUUUUUUCCAGUAUUGUCAGCGUAAUAAAUAAGUUAUGUAAAUGUAAACGCGCUAAUGACUGGUUGAAGAUGAGAGAAAUACCAAUUUUCUACGACGGAAGUGGAGUCGGGGGUGAAGGGCUUGCUUUUGUUUGAGAGUUGUCUUGAUAAAGUAUUAGCUUGGACUACAUUCUAUAGUGGUGAGAAGCACCACAUUGUAAGCGCGUGCGGCGCGCCCAAGUACCACUUUCUUUAGUGAGCGAGCGCCCCCUCCCGCCGUCUCCACCCACCUCACCCCGCUCAUUCUUUAUGUACACAAAAUAUGCAGAAAAACCUUAAGUAACAAUUGUAAUGUAAAAUAUCGUGUCACUUUAUUUACACAUUAUAUAUGUUAACAAAACGAUUGAACACUGUACUGUAUUCAUCACUUCACUUGUUAUCGGGUGCACCCAUAGCGUACAUUAAUAUUUAGCAAAAUGACGUGGCUCCAAGUUGAACUACCAGUUAGUUUUAGAAGGGUUUUUUGAGAUUUUGUUCGAUUAUAUUGAUUCGUGAUGAUGUUUGGAAGUUCCUUUUAAAAUGUGUGUACAAAGCUUUUAUCACUAGUUUUUGUGUGGUAAGUAUAAGUCUACCAGUACCUUACUACACGAUGAUAAAAAGUAUGAAUGAAUUUCGUAUGGCAAUCUCAAUUUCGUCGCCGUACUUUCUCAAGUUUGAGAUAUCUUAAAGCACAUAGUUACUGAAAUGCAAAAAAUGGAUUGUAUAUACAAAUUUUACAGGUUAAUUUCACAUCACAUUUCCUUCACAUUCACACACUGGGUUUUACCUAUUCUUAAAGUAAUGCAUCCAAAUUAACACCCUUGAUAAGAAAUUUAAAAUAAAUAGAAAGUUUUGCCAUCUCCUGAAUAAUCAUUCUUUAUAAGAUAUGAGUUUGAGAAAGUAAGGCAUCGAUUUGUUACUUCAAAUUUAAGCAAAUGUUUCAUGUUUGUUGUACGAAAAUAAUUAAGAUAUUUAUGUAAGAAGGUCUGAAAAUAAGAAACACUCAUGAUUUUUUUAAUAUCGAGUACUUAUAUUUUUCGAAAUAAAACUAUUACAAUAUUUAUUUAUCGCAUGCCACGAUUUUUUACUUCCAUAUAUUUUUUUGUGAAAUUACUCCACUUAUUAUUAUUUAUUUUUUAUACUCAGAUGGUUUAGAGCGGUGAACCCGGCAUGGCAACAGGCACUGGUUCGAGUUCACGGUUCUUACAUCAAUAAUAAUAAAGCAUUUUUUUCAGAUAUUUUAGUGGGAAAAUUUUAAAAUAUUUUGAAGAAUGAAGCAAAAAUAUAUAAUUUAUCUCAAUAUGCAGCGUACUACCUGUAAAGGGUCCGAAACGUUGGUUUGUUUGAAAAAGUAAAUAUACGCGAUUUAUUGCUGAAAUAGUUUUAUUUCCUAUUAGGUACUCUCUAUUAAAAAUUUUCAAUUUCCCCCUUUGGUAAGAGAUCCUAGUAGACUUAUAUGGUCACUUUAUUUUAUGCUUUUUUCGUUUGUUUUUCAGAGUUUUUCAUUGAAAUAUUACUAGUAUUGUUAGUGUAAAAUUUAUCUAAAAUAGUAAAGUAAAAUGUAUAGGUUAUGCUUCAUUUACAUCAAUAUUUACUUAGUUUGUUAAUUUCGAGCUCGACCAAAUAAGAACUUUGAAAAGUGAUGAAGUUUGCUUAGAUUUAAAUAUUACCAUGUAAACUAAAACUGUCGGUAACUAAAAAAUGGUGGAAUUGAGGAAAUAAGUUUGAAAAAAAUACUGAAUGAAUCUUAUUGCGAAUAUCAUUACCUUUGUUUUUGCAUAGCAUUUAAUCGUAUAAACAAGAAUAUAAAUAUUUUGUUCCAUUCAGUAAUUUUUGUCUUUUCACUUCAAAGUGAAGAAUAAGUCGUGUGCCUGAUACAAAGCGAUACGCCUGUUCACAACAGAUGCAGUGCCACUAAGAUUUUUAAAUCCUAAAGUUCUGAGGGGCAAUGCCACUGCGCUUGUCACCCUGAGACAUAAG